AUGCCAGAACCACAUGGUGGUGAACUAAAAGAUCUAUUAGCAAGAGACUCUAAUAAAAGGGAUCAAUUGUUGCAAUUAUCUAAGUCUAUUGAUUCAAACAAAAUUUGGAAUUUGUCAGAUAGACAAAUUUGUGACAUUGAAUUAAUUAUCAAUGGUGGGUUCUCACCAUUAUCAGGUUUCUUAAACCAAUCAAGUUAUAAUUCAGUUGUAGAAAACUCAAGAUUACCAAAUGGUAUUCUUUGGACAAUUCCUAUUACUCUAGAUGUCAAUAAAUCCUUCGCAGAAAAUUUAUCUAAAAAUGAUAAAUUGUUAUUAUUACAAGAUAAUGAAAUACCAAUUGCAAUUUUAACUGUUGAUGAUAUUUAUAAACCUGAUAAAAAAAUUGAAGCUGAAAAGGUAUUCAGAGGUGAUCCAGAACAUCCUGCAAUUGAUUAUUUAUUCAAUAAAGCUGGAGAUUACUAUAUCGGUGGUGAAAUUGAAGCCAUCCAAUUACCUGUUCACUACGAUUAUUUAGGUUUCCGCAAGACUCCUUCUCAAUUGAGAUCCGACUUUAAUUCAAGACAAUGGGAUCGUGUCGUGGCUUUCCAGACUAGAAACCCAAUGCAUAGGGCUCAUAGGGAAUUAACUGUCAGGGCUGCAAGAGAAGCUAAUGCAAAAAUAUUAAUUCACCCUGUCGUGGGCUUAACCAAACCUGGUGAUAUAGAUCAUCAUACUCGUGUCAGGGUGUAUCAAGAAAUUGUUAAAAGAUAUCCAAGUGGUUUAGCCGACCUUUCUUUAUUACCUUUAGCAAUGAGAAUGGCUGGUGACAGAGAAGCUGUUUGGCAUGCCAUUAUUAGAAAAAAUUAUGGUGCAACACAUUUUAUUGUUGGUAGAGAUCAUGCUGGUCCUGGUAAAAACUCAAAAGGUGUGGACUUUUAUGGACCAUACGAUGCUCAAUUAUUGGUGGAAUCAUACAAAAAUGAAUUAAAUAUCGAAGUGGUGCCUUUUAGAAUGGUCACAUAUUUACCCGAUGAAGACCGUUAUGCACCAAUUGAUGAAAUAGAUACUACAAAAGUUAAAACUCUAAACAUCUCAGGUACUGAACUAAGAAAACGUCUAAGAGAUGGUGGUGAAAUUCCAGAAUGGUUUUCCUAUCCAGAAGUGGUAAAAAUCUUAAGAGAAUCAAAUCCACCAAGAUCCAAACAAGGUUUUGCAUUACUAUUAAAGAAUGAUUUGAAAUUAAGUUUAAAUCAAUUAUCAAUUGCAUUGUUAUCAACUUUCUUACAGUUUUCAGGCCAUAGACAUUAUAAGAUUUUCAAACAUAAAAACGAUUCGGAUUACGCAUCAUUAAUCAAUGACUUCAUCCAAUCUGGUACAGGUUUGCUCAUCACAGAUGAACUAAAUAAAGAAUUCUCCAAACCUCAAAAUUUUUUCACUAUUGGCCAUUCCCCAGAAGAUUCAAUUACUCUUGGUAAUAAUGCUGACUCAAUUCAUCAUGUCAUACAAAAAGUUGUUUUAUUUUUGGAAGAUAAUGGUUUUAUCUCCUUUUGA